AUGGAGAGGGAUGCGAGGAAGAAUCAUCAUGUUUCUUUAGAGCUGUUGGAGUUGAAGAAGGUUGAAUCCGCCUUAUAUAGGAAGAAAGCUAAGGUUCAAUGGCUUAAGGAAAGAGACAUGGAUACUAAAUUCUUUCACUCGACUGUUCUUGUUAGAAAGAAGUAUAACACAAUUAGACUACUAAAGGAUGAGGAGGAAAAUCAGUUGGAGACAUUUGAGAAGAUGUCAUAUGAAAUGGUCAAAAUUUUCAUUGGCCUUAUUGGUACUUUUGAUGCCACUAUGAGAUGCCCCUUGAAAGGACGUCUGAAGGAUUUGUUGCAAUACACUUUCCCUGUUGGGGUUGUUGGUGAUUUGGUAAAGGAGGUUAUUUCCGAAGAAAUUAAGGAAGCUCUGUUCAGGCAAGGAAAUGACAAGAGCCCUGGGCCUGAUGGAUUCACUGUUUGGAUGGUUGCUCCGAAUCAAUCAACUUUUAUUAAGGUUAGGAGUAUUGUUGAUAAUACUUUGCUAGCAUAUGAGGUAUUGGGGUUGCCUGAGGUGUUUAGAGGAUGGGUAAAGGCUUGUGUUAUUACCACUAUAUUUUUUGUUCUUUCAAUGGGGUUCUUCAAGGGUGCUAGAGGGGUAAGGCAUGGGAAUCCCUUGUCCCCUGACCUCUUUGUUUUGAUUAUGGAUUUCAUUUCAAGUCUGUUAGAUGUGGUUGCUCAUGGUGGAAUUUUCAGGUUUCAUCCCAAGUGUAAGAGGAUUCCUCUUAAUCAUCUGUGUUUUAUAGAUGAUUUACUUAUUUUCUGUCAUGGUUCUAUUGAUACAGUUAUUGGGGUGAUAAGUGUUCUUGAUCAAUUCCAUAAGAUGUCUGGCUUGAGGUUAAAUGUUAGUAAAACUGAGAUCUAUGUUUGUGGGAUAUGA